AACUGCACCGGGCUGACAUCAGGGCAACAACAUGCACUUCCAGAGCUUCACUCCCAUCGUCCUCCUACAGCUCACCGUAGUCGGCGUCCUGCAUGCUGCCAAAUGGACGUACAACGGGCCGGACGGAGAGCAUCACUGGCCCAAGCAUUAUCCAUACUGUGGCGGUGCUUUCCAGUCUCCAAUAGACAUCAAGCCAGAGCUGCUAAGGUUUGAUCCAACUUUACGUCCGAUUGAGGUUCAAAACUACGACCUGUCACCAAAUGAGCAGCUCACUCUUGGGAACAAUGGACACUCUGUGCAAAUAUCGUUGCCCUCCAAGAUGCACAUCUCCAGCCUGCCUCACCGGUACACCGCGGCUCAGCUCCACUUCCACUGGGGCUCCUCCAGUCGGCCUGCAGGCUCCGAACACACGGUGAACAGUAGGCAGUAUGCAGCAGAGAUGCAUGUAGUACAUUACAAUUCAGACAAGUACCCCAAUAUGUCCAUGGCUGUAGACAAAUCUGACGGUCUGGCUGUACUGGGUGUCCUUAUUGAGGUUGGGGAGUUCAAUCCAGCAUUUGAACAGUUUCUACGGUUCAUCAAUGGUAUCAAAUACAGAGAUCAGAGAGUGCAGAUAUCCGGGUUCAACAUCAGAGCGCUGCUGCCUGCGCGUUUGGAUGAGUAUUAUCGCUACGACGGGUCACUGACCACUCCUCCGUGCUAUCCAAGUGUGCUGUGGACGGUGUUCAGGAACCACGUAACAAUUUCUCGCAAACAGUUCCUGUCCCUAGCAACAGCCCUCUUCUCCUCCCACGCCCAGGACUCUUCUCCUGUGCCGCUGAAUGGCAACUACAGGAAACCACAGCUCCCUGACAGCCGAGUUGUCCUGGUAUCUUUCAAGGAAGGCAGAGGACUGCAAGGUCCUCUUACAGUCACAACUCCACUCGUGAGGAAGCGCAUCGUUCAGCAGCUGCUGGUCGGCGACCUAGCAGACCUGGCUGACGAGGGGCUGUAUCAGCUCCUACCAAGCGGCUCAGAGAAGCUCCAGGCUGGCAAGAAGAAAGGUCUAAAGAACCAGAAGAGUGAGACUCUGGCCAAAUCCAAACAACAAACGAUGAAUCCAUCCCUUUGGAAGAAGAGCCAGACCAACAGCUAUGUGGGAAAGUCUGGGCUGGCUGAAGACACGCUGUGCUACAGCUCACUGGAGCAGACAGUUUUCCAUCAGCUCAGACAGUCCCACGCUGAGAAUCAGCUGGUUGAGGCUCUCCGAGAUUCAGUUUUCCCCAAGCUCAACCUCAAGAGCUACCUGGACUGUAAGUCGGACUUAGCUCUCCCCACCAUCAGACACAUGCUCCGCGGCCGGCCGACAGAUGAGGCUUUCGAGUUAGAUCGUUCUCUCACAAGAGCCUUGAAGAAUCAAAGGAAGACGUCCACAGCAAUUAAGCAAAGUGUGCCGGUGACAAAGUACAGCGGUCUUUCCCCUGCUACUGUUCCCAGGAAACCACACGGCCAGGGUUAUCCACAUCCUUGGCUUCUGCCAAUGGAGUGGGAAGACUAGAAAGAUUCCUGGCAUAGCUGAGACUCACAUUGUCACUUUCUGUAGCAGACGUCAGCUGUGUGACCCACAAUGAAAGACUAAUUUUUCCAACCAUGCCCUGCAUUAUUUUAACCAGUCUUUGCUUAAUGUAUUUAUUGUUUCCAGUAUGUGCACAUAAUUAUAAAUGUCAUCAUGAAAGCAUAACCUCAGAUACAGAACCUGUCAUCACCAGCGACCGUGCUCAGUACUGUAAGAGGAUUGUAAUAUAGUACAACAAUCUCCAUAUUUAUAUUUUUAUGUCAUGAUAAAUCUGAGAAAUGUUUACAUCAGGGUUUCGGGCAUGUUUGCAUAUUCUUGCCGAGCUGAACAAGGUUCUCAAACGAACGACAGCAGAAGCGCACAUUUCUUGCUUGACGAUCUAUAUGCGUCAAGGUACAUGAAGUACACAAAAUUUCUGACGGGGAACAUUUAUAGUGUUAUACAGAACGCCAAGUUCACUUCUAUAGUAGGGUAAUUGUGCAGUUAUGCUAGUAAUUAUUGCCUUACACAAUGUGGAGAUGCAGUUAAACCAAAAGAAUUUCCUGGAGCUAAAGCGCUUUAUGUAACUUCACUAUCUUUUCUUACAGUUUGUUUCUUCUCACAUUUCCAUUUACACGUAGCAAAGAAACCUGCACUAUAUAUAUAAGGAACUAUUUGAAAUAAAAGCAUCAUA